AUGGGGACUCCUCUUGAUUCAGCAGGCAUACCUUCGAGCUUGACACAACGAAGGCCAGCAGCCUCUCAUCUACCUCUUUUUGAGCUGCCACCACCAUCACAUUUUUCAGCACCACAAUUAGCCCACAAGUUUCCACCACUAUCUGGUAUCAAUAUACAACCACUGUCAGCAUCUGUCAGCGUGGGCAAUCUUUUAACUCCGCCACCUAACUCAGGAUCGGACAGUGGGACGAACUCUGCCAACCUACCCCCACAAGGCAUUCCUGUGUUGCCAUACACACCAACGUUCUGGCAGGGAGCUGGUGCGACGCCAGGCUAUACGGGUCUCGCGCCUCAGUGGCAAACCACGCAAGGCAUGCUCGAGAAGCCAAUGUUCUCGCCAGUAUCAAAUGGUCUCAGUCGACACGAUCUUCAGUCCCAAUCUUCAGGGGCUGGUAUUGCUCUUCCACCACCUCCGUAUCACCUUGCCCACCUUCCUCCUUAUGCUCACGCCUCGCAAGGCUCAUCUGCUGGACACAAUACACAACAUUCCGCGGCUAUGAACAACCACAUGCUAUCCAGUCAGAUACGUCCAUCGAGUCAGGCGUCCCCGGUUAGUCCUGCUGACUCUGUAUCGAGAGCUACGUCCACGCCUGGUCUAUAUGCAGCCAUGACCGCGACUGCAACACCGCAGCCACCUUAUGGGUUUCAGAGCUCGACUCCAGUAUCUCAGAGCCCACACUCGGCCAACGCUCCUGCAUCGACAAUGUCGCCCCCUUUGCAACAUGGCAAUACAUCUCAUUUGCAUUCAAGCUCAUUUAUCAAACCACCUUAUCCGUCUUACUCGUUGCCUGCUAUGCCAGGCCCUGUAUUGACAAACAUCAACGCUCCUGGAGGUCAAAUGUCGUUGGUCGGAAACAUGCAGGCCCAGAUGCUGCCUAUGCACUUCAACUCUGGAUAUGCUGCCAAUCCGCAAUUUGCGUAUGCACAGGCGCGAGCAAAUUCGCCCCAACAGGCACAAAAUCAAGACCGCCCCUUUAAGUGCGAUGAGUGCCCUCAGAGCUUUAAUCGCAAUCACGACCUCAAGCGUCACAAGCGAAUACAUCUUGCUGUCAAACCCUACCCUUGCGCACAUUGUGACAAGAGUUUCUCCAGGAAGGACGCUUUAAAGAGACAUAUUUUGGUCAAAGGCUGCGGAAAAGCCAGCGAGUCCGAGUCGACGAGCGCCGACGGCGUCAAAUCUGAAUCAGGCAGCGACACGCAAGAAACCUCAUCUCUUGGUGUUGCAGCUUGA